AAAAAAUAACAGAACAUUGCUCGGGAACUGUCUGGCCGUGGCCGCUCCAUGUUGGUUGGUUGUGUGUUGAUGUGGUGUACAAGGGGGAAAAAAUCAUAAAUUUUUGUGUUCGGGAAUUUGUUUUCGAAAUUGUUGGCUGCUGCCGUGUCGUGUGAAUCGUUUCGGAUCCGUUUUCGUCCGCCGGAUGUUGUUCUGUGUCGCUGGGAAGUGGAUGUUUCGCGUUUCCGGUUUGUUUUGCUGUCGAAAAUUGCAAAUAUCUGAAGCAGGUUUAUUGCUCAAUCGGAAGCAGUUCAUCGACCCAGAUCUCUUCUUGGUAGAGUCAAUGAGUUGAAGAAGCGAAAAGGUGCUUUCUGCUACAUACGGGAGGCCUGCAAAAUACCAUCAUCGCGACGGCACGGAACGCGGACGUAAAACCCCGUACGUGUAGAUCGACGCCAUGUUCGAAAUCUGCGUAGCGAACGAAAAUUGAGAAACAAAAUACGCAAGUGGGCUUUGUUGGAGGUUUUUUUGUUUGCUGUGUUUCUGUUUUCUCUUAUUGGGAAAAUUGGUUUGUGCAAUUUACAUUGGGAACCUUAAAAUCGGAGGAUAUUGAAAUUUAUCCUUCUUCAAAGUGAUAAGAAGCCUUUCUCCUGAAGAAAGAUAAGCAUAAUCAGAAGUGCAUUGCAAUAUUCAGUUUUAUCUCUGCGUUUGAAGGCGUCGAUAUCGUUAAAAACAUCACUCGAAUCUUCCGAUAAGUAGCUGACCUAAUUUCGAGAACGGCGCAAUGGACAGUGAUCGAGGUUUCGAUGCAGCGCUGGUCGGUCACAUGGGUCCUCUGUCGCCGCAGGACAUGAAACCGGACCUCAAACCAGACAUCUCGCUGCUAAACGGUACCGUGGGUCCGUUUUCGCCCGGAAAUAACUGCGGCCCGGGCAGUCCGGGGGCGUUCAAUCAACAAGUGGCGGCAGCCCUACAGCAGCAGCAACAGAAUGUCAACAGUCAGCAGAAUAGUAUGAAUCAGCAGCAACAGAACUCCGGCGGUGAGGAGGAGGUGGGGGGAGGGGGAGGAGGCGGAGGUUCCACCACCCCCACCAACGUCUCCAACCAACAGUAUCCGCCAAAUCAUCCGCUCAGCGGUUCCAAGCAUCUCUGCUCGAUCUGCGGCGAUCGGGCCAGUGGAAAGCAUUACGGUGUCUACAGCUGUGAAGGAUGCAAAGGAUUCUUUAAGCGGACGGUACGGAAAGAUCUGUCCUAUGCCUGCCGGGAGGAGAAGAACUGCAUCAUAGACAAACGCCAAAGAAACCGCUGCCAGUACUGUCGGUAUCAGAAAUGUCUCGCCUGUGGCAUGAAACGGGAAGCGGUGCAGGAAGAGCGCCAACGGAGUUCCAAGUUUUCCAUCAAGAGCGAAGAAAUCAACUCGACCAGUUCAGUGCGGGAUGUUACCAUCGAGCGGAUCCACGAGGCAGAGCUACUGGGGGAACAGAAGAGCGGAGAUAAUGCAAUUCCGUACCUGCGGGUCGGGUCAAACUCGAUGAUUCCUCCGGAGUACAAGGGAGCCGUCUCACAUCUGUGCCAGAUGGUCAACAAACAGAUUUUCCAGCUGAUAGACUUCGCCCGGAGAUUACCAAACUUUACCAAUCUGCACCGGGACGACCAAGUGAUGCUGCUUCGAUGCGGCUGGAACGAGAUGCUCAUCGCUUCGGUCGCCUGGCGAAGCAUGGAGUACAUCGAAACGGAACGCUCUGCCGAUGGAAGCCGGGUGACGAUCCGGCAACCGCAGCUGAUGUGCUUAGGACCCAAUUUCACCCUGCACCGGAACAGUGCCCAGCAGGCUGGGGUAGACACACUGUUCGAUCGAAUCCUAUGCGAGCUGGGCAUCAAAAUGAAGAGACUGGACGUUACCCGGGCCGAGCUGGGCGUGCUUAAGGCCAUUAUUCUGUUCAAUCCUGACAUCCGAGGGCUAAAGUCACAGAAAGAAAUUGACCACAUGCGAGAGAAAAUCUACGCCUGUCUAGACGAUCACUGCAAACAGCAGCACCCGGCCGAGGAUGGGAGGUUUGCCCAGUUGUUACUCCGGUUGCCAGCGCUCCGGUCCAUCAGUCUCAAGUGUCUGGAUCAUUUGAACUUCAUCCGGUUGCUCAGCGAUAAACAUCUGGACAAUUUCAUCAUCGAGAUGCUGGAUACUCCUAUGUAAAAAGAAAAAAACUAAACAAAACCACAGUUAAGCAGUGUGCAAGCCGUGAUAACGCAAAAAAAACUAGACAGAUAGGAUGCAAAUUGAUGAAUGUAGAACGCAAAUUUACAACCACGACAUCGUAAAAUCAAAUUUAAAAUUACAUAAGAGAAACGUUCGCUUUUACCACGGUAUUCUUCUCCUCAUCACAUUUAUUAUUUUGUAAUGAAAAGGCACUUACACUAUUGCAUAUUAGGAGCGUUUUUUCUAUUGUGUAUGUACUGCUUUCUGCUUGUGGCAGAAAGCUUCAAGUUUAGGCAUUUUCGUAAUUUAGAGCGGUAAUUAGCGGAAGACUCCAAAAAUUAAAAUACAAAAAAAAAUAAACACACUUUAAUGAAGUUUUAAGCAAAUUGUAGGACACAGUAACUUAUUACAUAAUGAAUAUAUUUUAAUAUAUAUUAAAUCUGAUUUAAAGUAAAGAAAAUGAUUCAAAACAAAACAUGGUGCAAAUAGAUUUUAUAAAAUAAAACAAAAAAAACAAGAAUCGAUCUACGAUCUACAAAUGUUAAAGAAAAAAGAGAAAAAUAAAGUUUAACAUUAUUCGCGCAUUAUAGACAA